AUGCUCCGCCGGCUCGCAGCACGCUCCGCUCCGCUGGCGCGCGCCUCAGCAGUGAGGGCAGCGCGGCCUCCGCACGCCCUCCGGCUCGCGGCGGCGCCGCUCAGCCGCUCCUUUGUGAGCACGGCGGCCGCGGCGGCGCCGAGCAGCGCCCAGCCCUUCAUGCUGGCCGACAUUGGGGAGGGCAUCGCCGAGGUGGAGGUGCUGCAGUGGUUCGUCAAGCCGGGCGACACGGUCGAUCAGUUCGACCGGAUUUGCGAGGUCCAGAGCGACAAGGCCACGGUCGAGAUCUCGUCUCCCUACGUCGGCACGAUCGAGUCGCUCGAGUACGAGGUGGGCAGCAUCGCCAAGGUUGGCACGCCGCUGCUGCACAUCUCGGUGCUGUCGACUCCGGCGACGCGCGCGCUGGCGAAGCGGCACAAGCUCGACCUGGGCACCGUCACUCCGACCGGGAGGGGAGGGCGCGUCACCAAACAGGACGUGCUGCUGGUGCUCAAUGGAAGCGCGCCG